GGGGGGCUCGCCGCUCGGGGAUGGGUGCCGCCAGCGCCGCUCCCUCCCCACCUCCCCGCUCCGCCCCGCUUGGGUUUAAAGCCCUGCGGGCGGCUGGUGGCUGCGCUGCGAGCGCUGCGCGGCGCGAGGAGAUGCAACUGGGCUCCGCGCCGCCGGCAUCAUGCGCCCCCCGCCCGCGCUGGCCCUGGCCGCGCUCUGCCUGCUGGCGCUGCCCGCCGCCGCCGCCGCCGCCUACUUCGGCCUGACUGGGCGGGAGGUCCUGACGCCCUUCCCCGGGCUGGGCACCGCUGCCCCAGCACAGGGUGGGGCCCACCUGAAGCAGUGUGACCUCCUGAAGUUGUCCCGCCGGCAGAAGCAGCUCUGUCGGCGGGAGCCAGGCCUGGCUGAGACCCUGCAGGAUGCCGCACACCUCAGCCUGCUCGAGUGCCAGUUUCAGUUCCGGCAUGAGCGCUGGAACUGCAGCCUGGAGGGGAGGACGGGGCUGCUCAAGAGAGGUUUCAAGGAGACGGCCUUCCUGUAUGCGGUGUCCGCAGCCGCCCUCACGCACACUCUGGCCCGGGCCUGCAGCGCUGGCCGCAUGGAGCGGUGCACCUGUGAUGACUCCCCGGGCCUCGAGAGCCGGCAAGCCUGGCAGUGGGGUGUGUGUGGUGACAACCUCAAGUAUAGCACCAAGUUCCUGAACAACUUUCUGGGGCCCAAGAGAGGAAGCAAAGACCUGCGGGCACGGGCAGACGCCCACAACACCCACGUGGGCAUCAAGGCCGUGAAGAGUGGCCUCCGGACCACGUGUAAGUGCCACGGCGUGUCAGGCUCCUGCGCCGUGCGCACCUGCUGGAAGCAGCUGUCCCCGUUCCGCGACACAGGCCAGGUGCUGAAGCUGCGCUACGACUCAGCCGUCAAGGUGUCCAGUGCCAGCAAUGAGGCCUUGGGCCGCUUGGAGCUGUGGGCACCAGCCAGACCAGGCAGCCCCAGCAAGGGCCCGGCUCCGCGGCCUGGGGACCUGGUCUACAUGGAGGACUCACCCAGUUUCUGCCGGCCCAGCAAGUACUCGCCUGGCACAGGGGGCAGGGUGUGCUCCCGCGAGGCCAGCUGUAGCAGCCUGUGCUGCGGGCGCGGCUACGACACCCAGAGCCGCCUGGCGGCCUUCUCCUGCCACUGCCAGGUGCAGUGGUGCUGCUACGUGGAGUGCCAGCAGUGUGUGCGGGAGGAGCUUGUAUACACCUGUAAGCACUAGGCCCGCUGCCCAGUGUGCCAGCCAGGCGCUGCCAGGACUUCCCAUGGCACCGGGCCACCUCCAGGCCACCCGGCUGUCCAGCCGCUCCCCCCCAACCCCUGCUCCCGCCAACCCGGGCAGGAGCACGUGUCAUGCGCAUGAUCACCCACGUGCGUGCCAGCACACUCAUGUGCCUCUCCCCAUUGGCUCCCAUCAGGCUUCCCCUCUCUCAGCUCUCAGCAAGGAGAGCCCCACCCCUGAACCUGAGGGUCCCCAGCCUGGUUGAGGACUUGGAGCAGGAGGGCAGAGUGGAAAGGAUGUGGAGGGAACUAAGGGAGACCCAGAGGAGGGCAGGACUGAGGUUUUAGAGAAGAGAGAGAGUACAUCUCGCCAUCACGAAUCCUGGGAUUAGUGGCCUAAAGCCAGCCAGAGGUUGGGAGGUGAACUUCUGGGCCAAGAAGGCCCAGGGAGGCAGGGCCAGCUGGAAGCUAAGGCUGGAAUCUGGCUGGGAUGGGUCAGGUCAGCCCUCAGGCCCCACCCAGGUGAUAGUCAACUCCGGGGGUCAUACGCCUUCAUUUCCCCACCCUGGAGCUUUGCUGUGCUAGAGAUGGGAGGAAAGGCCAGGUGGUUGGAGCCGUUGGUCUGGAGAAAGGAAAGCAGGAGUCAGCUAUGUGCCCUGGAUCCUUGUGAUUUGGUUUUUAAAAUAUGCCUCCACCAGCCCUCAUUCUCACCUUGAGAGCUGAGUAAUCCAUGCCCAACCAGCGCUGCUCAGUAAAAACACCAGUGGACGCGAGCCCAGUAGAAGAGCCAGUCCCCAGGGUGAGGCUCAGAUAGUACACCGAGGUUGCCCAGGGAGAUAGAGACCCCCUCAGUUUCUCAGCACCCCCAUGAGCCCACUUGGGUCAACUCCCAGUGGCUGGGGUCGCCCUGUGCGGUGAGGCCCUGCACAGCUGGCGUGAUAUACGAGAGCUGGUGUAUGAGUUUUGAUUCGGUUACAUUUCUACUUCUGUGGCUACUCAUCUAAUUAAGGCUUUUGCUUGGGCAGGAGUUAUGAACAUGGGAAGUGUUUGCUAAGCUGGGCUCUUUGGGGGCCCCUUUCAUUUACUAAGGGCCCUCCACCUUGGCUUUUACCUGAGGAAGAGAAGUGGCUGCUAAUUCCUUCCGAUACUGUGGACAUUUCCAGGGCUACCUACUAAGGCCCUGGGAGGGAGGCGAGAGGAGCUGGUACUACCCAUGGGUACACACAGGGCUCCCCACUCCAACAUGCAGGCACGCCCCUGGGACUUGCCAGGCAGGCAUGCCCCUGGGACCUGCCAGGCUGAGGGCUCUCAUUCAGCGGCACACACCUCUCUGGAUCAGGAUGCAGACCUUGCAGGGGUCACUUUGCUGGAAGCCAUGUGCUUUCCCAGAGCAGGGCCUGAUGCCAGCCGGGAGGAAGUGACCUCCUUCGGGACGCCCUUGGCUGCCCUGCCGGCCCUGCCGCGCCCUCUGUCAGCUUCCUUUCUCCCUGAACCCAGAGUUGCUGACCCUUUGCCGGGACAGGAAACUUCAGAAUCAGCCAAGUGCUGAGAAACCGUCUGUGCAAGCCCCAGGAAGCAGCUCCUGGGGGCUCCCUGUGAUCUCUGAGGGCAAGGAGACCCUGCCCUGUCUUCGGUGGAUCAUGCAGCCUCCUGAGGGAUGCUGGAAGGAUCUUUGGCUGCAGAGGCUCUGAUGAAAAGCCCUACUGACCUGAGACCCCUCCCGAGAGUGACUUUGCUCACCCAAGCAGCAGGCCCACAUCUUGGCAAGAAGAGAAGAAGGAGAAAGGGCUGUCUCCCCAGUUCCCUCCACGUCUCCAUUGCAUGAAGACUUUCUUUCUGCCUGCCCAAUCCAUCCUUAUGAGACCCAAGCUCUGCCUCUACCAUGGCUCACCCUGAGGCAUGAGGCAGCAGGAAGAGGGAGCCUGAUCCUCCGAAAUGCCAUUUGCACCCCAGGCCCACGGCCAGCAGUGCAGGAGUGGCAGGAAGAUAAAGGGUAGACUCCGAGGGACUGAGGCCACGGCCGGCCAGUAACACUGACCCAGCCCAGGAUGAUGAGGUUCAGGGUCCCUCAGCCUCUCAGGUCCUCGCUGUCCAGCUGUCUCUCCUCUCCUCCUCCCCUGCUCCCACCCCUUUCUCUUCCAAUUGCCCCCAAAGGUCCAUCUCAGCCCAACUGGGGCCCCUGGGACCAGUGGCCACUGACCACUCAUUCUAUAGCAUUAAGGGAAACAUUCACAGGGUAUUUUUUGUCUACCUCGCAUAUAUAUAGAGUUUUUAGGGCAAAAGAAAAUAAUUUAUAUAGCUAAGAUAUAUAUGAGAGAAUAUUUAUGUUAUUUAUAUAGUUUCUAUAUUUUAUGGGCAGCAUCUGUGGGGGUUGUGUAUUCUGCUGGAAGCCUGUGUGUAUCUGGGGAAAUACAGCUGGCGUGAUUGGGGUCCCCACGAACUGGACACCAGGUGGCCAGGGAAGAGAUCUGGUGGACUCCAUGUCCCUUGGCUGGCUCUGUCCUGGAGCUGGUGAGCAGCAUCUUCUCUGAGCACGAACUCCGACGGGCUUCAUCCGAUCCUCCUUGUGAAGUCGUUGUAUAUUCUCAGCUCUUCCGGGUCCCAGGCCCCUGCUUCUGCUCUGGAAAAACUGUCCUGCUUAUGAUAAUAAUGAUAACAAGGAUGACCACACUUGGCAUUUGUAAAGCACUUUUGAUCUCCGGAACGACUUUGGUCCCUCUAGUCUCCCUCGAUUCCCCAUUCUCCCUAUGAGGUAGGUGCAGCCACAUCACGACCCAUUUUGCAUAUGCCGCUGAGAGGUGGAGGGCUGUGCUCGAAGUCACACUGAAGAGGUCCUUUCACUGAAUAUUUCCUGAGCGUCGACAUGGGCCAAGUGACGGGAGCUGAUCUAUCCUGGACCUGGGAGCCCCAAAGUCUGGAUACACCCAACCCCAAGAACCCAGGGAAAUGGCUGCUCCCCCAGGCUUGUGUGACCCUGCCUCUUGGAUCUAGACAGCAUGUCAGCAUUUUCUGUGUCUCAGGGGUUGGGACUGCCUGAGGGGCCUGGAGAGUUGAGGACCCCAUGGAGGCCACUCCAGGGGCUCCACCGGGCCCUCCCUCCCUUUGCCCACACCACCUGAGAGGGUUUGGCUGUACUGAGGGCCCCUCCCAGCCCAAAGAUGGGUUUUAUUUG